AUGGAAGCUGAAACUCCCGUGACUCUUGCUUCCCUCGGUGAUUUUAACAUUCCAGGCCCAAUUGAAAUCACUCAUAUUGCUGCUCCCUCAGAAGUUGUUACCGUGCCUGUGACUGCCCCUGAAAAUGAGAUUGCAACUUCUGUUGUUUCAACCCCUUCAGUCUCGAGUCUAAAUCCGUCUUUUCUUGUUCAACUAAGUUUUGGAUAUCUACCAGAAAAUUUUCAACCUCGAAGCCUUGUUGGACUCCACCUGACUUAUAGUCCUCUGGUUGAAAUUUGCAAAGAACCGAAGCUUUUCAGAAAAUUUACAGCAAACACCCAACUUUUCCGAGACCCCGGUCCACAUCUGCAAAGAAUUAUACUGAAAGGUUGUGUAAGCUUGAUAGCAGUUCAUCCAUCCUUAGGAAAUCUCAAAAACCUUAUUUUUCUGAGCAUGGAGAACUGCAAAAAUCUCAAGUGUCUACCGAACAGUAUUCAGAUGGAAUCUCUUGAAAGCCUCAACCUCUCUGGUUGUGAGAAAUUAGAAAAUUUUCCGGAAAUUCGAGGAAAUAUGGAAUUUCUAUCAGAGCUCAUUUUGUCACGGACUGCAAUACAGGAAUUACCCUCAUCAGUAGGAUGGCUUAUUGGCAUCAGCUUGCUUGAUUUGAGUUCCUGUGAUCUAGGACAGUUGGAGGAGGUCAAUGCUAGUAACACAGCCAUCUGGCAACUACCUGAUUCUUUUGGAAACUUGAGCAAACUUAGAGUCCUAUCAUUAAAAAGAGGAUGGAAGGAAUUGAAAAUAUGUGGAUGCAAUUUGUCCGGUAAAGAAAUUAAUGCUCUUACCUGCUCGACUUCUUUAUUGGAACUAAAUCUGAGCAGAAAUAAGUUUAUUUUUUUACCUGAUAGCAUCAGUCAACUGUCUCAACUUCAAUAUCUCAACUUAACAUACUGUUUGGCACUUAUCGAACUUCCCAAACUACCUCCGAGUAUAGAGGAAUUAUAUGCGGAAGAUUUUCUAGCCCCACAAGCUAUUUUAGCUCUUCCUAUGUACCCGAGGUUAUACCAAUUAUAG